GGCCAUUCUAGUUCCGGAGUUUAUAAAAAAUGUUAAAUUAGUUCCCAAAUUAUUUUAAUGGGGGGUUAAAAUAAUCCUCUUUGGAGGCUAUUUCAAUGCAUAUUAAAGAAUCUCAAGACUAAAUUGACACUUUUAUAAAUUCUAGGAUUGAAAUGACUCCUAUAACGAAUCAGGGGACCAUUUUGACACUUUUCUCAGAUUUAAUCUAUGUGCUUAUGUUUAUUUCCCUUGAUAUUCAUAUUAUUAGGUUAACAAAGUAGAUAUACAAUAUGACAAAGUUUCUAAACAAGUUGAUGUUCAAGCGUUGAAAGAGACUCUUUGGACGAGCAUCCACUCAUCAGUUGAGAUGUCUGAUCAGAAGCAGGAGGGAAGCCAGGUACCAGUUUCUCUCAAGCAGGUGGUGCAUCGCCUACGGGACAAAUCUCCUACAGAUUCACAGAAGGAUAUCUCCCCACAUCUCUUUUUCAUCUGUCUCCUACAUUUGGCCAAUGAGCACACCUUACUCCUAAAUCAUCACCCCGACUUCGGCGAUGUCGACAUUGUGGUUCCAGAUUCAGCUUUUGUAAAAAUGUAAGUACUAAUAAUGUUUCAGCUUCUCUAAACCUUACUAUCAUCCUAACAACAACAACAAAAAGAAAAAAAAAACAAAAGCUACAGAAUACUUCUGGUUUCGGUAGGAAUGGCUUGAAUUGAAUUUGUAUAUUGUAGCCUCUUCAGCUAGCAUUUUUUUCUGUAAU